CCCUGGCGAUGUCUCUUACUGUACGUCACAGUCACAUGAUUGUCAGGAGGAAUUUAAGGAAACAAACGUCAACAACAAAAAAUACAAUUUUUGGGCCAUAGAACUUUACAUUUUCUGAUUUUUUUACGGUUUUCUAAAGAUGGAGUCAACCCUCGAACAACACCUUGACGAUACCAUGAAAAAUCCAGCUGUUGUUGGGGUUCUAUGCACGGACCAACAAGGACACAACUUGGGCUGUCGUGGAUCUCUGUCAGAUGAACAUGGAGGUGUGGUGUCUGUUCUGGCUAAACAAGCAGCUGCUCUCACCAGAGACCUGACGGACACACCGACUGUGUGCCUAGAGUCCGAGUCAGGAAACAUUCUGGUGAGAAGUCACGGGACAAUCACAAUAGCCGUCCACAAAAUUACAUCGUGAAGACAACGGGACUUCCUGGAGUUUUAUUGUAAAGAUGAGAUGCUCACUUGAAUUCAUAAUAAAAUUCUGCAGCAUCUUGGCAAAAACAGGAAAAAGAAAAACUAUUUUCUAAGUAUUGUGGUUUUCUAUUUAAAACAGUUGUAAUGGAGUUGCAUUGAUAUGAUGUGCACGUUUUGUGGGGAUUUCCCUGAAAUUGCUGUUGUAAAAAACAGGACAGUCAUUCACAGAAAUAUGUCUCUUAAUAAACUUUAACUUGACUUUGA